CAAGGUAAAAAACACGUUUAAAAGUAUCUUGUGCUGAAGAAUUUCCAUUGAAAGUCCACGUUCCAUACCAGAGAAACAUGGCCACUAAAGGACAAAUAAUAAAGUACAUUUUAGGAUUUAUAAUGGCUGUCCUGCUGGGAGUAUGUGUUGUGGAAAACCUUCAAUUCCCAGACGAACAGACACAUCACAUUGAGAAAAGAGCAGUGUCACCAGGAUUUACUACACCAAUGGCUACAACUGAAGCAGCAGCACCACCAACAACAACAACAACAAGAAGACCAACAACCAAAACAACAACAACAACAACAACAACAACAAGACCAACAACCAAAACAACAACAACAACAACAACAACAACAACAACAACAACAAGAGCAACCAAAACAACAACAACACCAACAACAAGGACACCAACAACAACACAAACAACAACACAAACAACAACAAAUAAUACUGCUACACCACCAACAGUUCUUCAAAUGUCAAUGAGAAUAGAUCAAAUAUUUGACACCAGUCUUACUAACGAAACUGGAACGAAGUAUAAAUUUUAUGUCGAAAACAUUGAAUCAGCAAUUGACACAAGUUACAAGGAUCUUUCUACUUAUAUUAAAGGUUCAGUAAACGUAACUGGCUUCAGGUCUGGUAGCAUUAUAGCAGACUACACGAUCAAAACAGUCAACAACAGCAGCAUCAGUGUUGAUUUAUCAUCAGCAAACACACAGGUUUCUAAGAUUCUCUCAAAAGUGGGAAUCCCUGUAGAUCCAGACGGUUUUUCGGAGAGAAACGAAACAAUAUUGACCACCAAAGAUAUAUAUUAUCCUCAGCAAAGUAUGAAAUUGAGGUGUUCUUAUCCAAAAUCUGUUCUUGGAAGAAUUAAAUGGUUGGUGAAUAAAAAAGAUCCGGAAAAAAACAGAGCAAAAUACACCAUUACAAGUGAUGGUAGCAAGAGCACUCUCAUGGUGAAAGAUGUUAGUGAGAGUGACGGUGGUAUAUACUCGUGUAUCAUACAAAGAAGCACGAUACAAAUACCUUAUGUUCAGUGGCAAAAAAUUGUUAUUGAACAACGUCCCAAUAUCAUAGUGGAUAAAACUGAAAUAAGGUUGCCAUGUACAGAUCAAGAUCAGACUGUCACAUUAAGAUGCUGUGAUGAACACUACCCAAUUGAGUGGGAUCGGAUUCCUUUUGGGAGUGAAUUGAUAAAACCAGAGUCUGGCUGUAUCACAUUACAGCAUAAAAUCUUGAGCACAAGUUGUGAAUCUAAUGAAAUUGCAAUAUGUCGUCUAAAGAACAUGAAAGAAUUAGAAAUGUUUGAGUAUUACAAGAAAAUAAUCCAUGUUCAGACAGUCAGAGAUUUUGACUGUAAAAAACAAUCCCUUGGAGUUGGAAAAUUAGGUGAAUUUGUAACAGGUCCCUGUGUAAAAGGCCUGGAAGGCCACAUAACUUAUCAAUGUCAACAGGCAAAUUCUUCAUUUUCUUGGAAACCUACACAGAGUGAAUGUGUAGUUGAAUCUAUCAAAGACCUUGAGAGGAGAGCUAAGUUCUUGCCUGAAGAAGAGAUUCCAGGUUUUAUGUCAACCCUCAGUAAAGCUGCAGAUCAGAAUAAUGUUGAGAUCACAAAAUCUGCUUCAACUGUCCGAACAAUAGUUGAGAUACUCUUCAAAAUUGCUGAUAUCUCACAAACUUUUAACAUUAAUGAACCUGUGAUAAAGGAUUUUCUUAAAACAGUGAAUUUAAUUGUAGCAGAUGAAUCUAAAAACACUUGGGCAGAAUUAAAGAAUGGUCAGAAAACAGAAAACAGAAGCACUGAACUUUUACAAGCUAUUGAGAAAAUAAGUGAUCGUCUCUCAAAUGACAAUUUUAUGUUCAAUGAAGGGUCCGUUCAGUUGAAUAGAACAACAAUUAAAAACUCAUUCAUCGGAACGUCUCUACUACCAAACUCAACUACUCAGAUUGAGAUACCAAAUGUUGUUAAAUCGGACCUUACAAUAACCAUUAUUGUUUUCACAAAGCUUGACUAUGUUCUGCCUACUCGCACUACUACUAUUAAUGACAACAAAACAUCAGAAAACCGCAUUAAUGGAGACGUGGUUGUGGUUAAGGCAAAGGUUAAUAAUACCAUUAACAACAUUUUGCUUACUUUUGACAAGACAAAUGUGUCGUUGGGAAAUCCCCAGUGUGUUUUUUGGAACUUUGAUCUCGAUCGAUGGGAUUCAACUGGAUGUAAGGUCAAGAUCUCAGGAAAUGAAGCGGACAAGGUUACAUGUGAAUGCACUCACACAACUUCUUUUUCAAUCCUGAUGUCACCAGAUGCACCUGAAAUCCCUGGUAAACAAAGAGCCUAUAUAACAUACAUUGGAGUAGGUAUCUCUAUAGCCUGCUUGGUUUUUUGUCUUUUUCUUGAGAUGUGUGCAUGGACAUUGAUGACAAGAAAUGGGACGUCUUACAUGAGACAUGUCUCCAUAGUCAACAUUGCUGUGUCUCUCCUAAUUGCUGAUAUCUGUUUCAUCAUUGGAGCUGCGAUUGCAGAUCAAGACAUAACACAAGGGCUGAUGAUCUCCGUGGCUCGCUGCACUCCAGUGGUUUUCUUCAUGCACUUUUUUUAUUUGGCUCUUUUCUUCUGGAUGCUCUUUUCAGCACUUUUGCUUCUUCACCGCAUUGUCACGGCCCUUUCUCAAAUGUCAAGGACUAAAAUGAUGAUCAUUGCCUUGACAGUUGGUUAUGGUGCACCUUUGCUCAUAGCAGUUAUUACUGUUGCCUCCACAGCCGGAGCUGAAAACUAUGUUUCAAAAGAAAAUUCAUGCUGGCUGAACUGGACUGAAUCUAAGGCCCUGCUGGCAUUUGUGAUUCCAGCUCUGACUAUUGUCGCCUUUAUGUGUGUGGUCUUGUGCAAGAUGUUAAGGAGAAGGGUUGGUGCUACAUCCCAACCAGAUGAAAGGGAUGUUCUUGUUGUCAAUGUCCGAUUUGUGGCCAUUCUAACUCCUAUCUUUUGCCUAACAUGGGGAUUUGGGAUUGGAACAAUGGUGUCAUCUGACUUUGGCGUUCGUGUGGUUUUUGCCGCACUUAAUUCACUGCAGGGAUUAUUUGUUUUGGUGUUUGGGACACUUUCUGACAGCAAGGUCCUAGAGUCCCUGCCUGGAAAGCUUAUACUGUAUAACUUUGGUUCCGGUCGUACCAGGCGAAAUAAUCCACAGACAUCAUCCACAAGUCGCUUACAAAGGAUGAGUGUGGCCAAUACAUCUGGAACCCGAAGUCUCUCAACAGCUUCAUCUUCUAGCUUGAGUUGAAUAAUUACAGGUAGCAGUUGUAGCCUAAUGGUUAAAAAGCUGCACUCGUAAACUGAAGGUCUCCGGUUUAAUUCAUAUUUGACCAUCACAUCAAUUCACCUUGCUGCAGGAAACAUUCAUUGAUGCUGUGCAAGUGUGAUUUAUAUUGUCUUCAACCAUAGCAAAUAUAUUCCAAUAUUGGAAUUUAUGGUAGAAUUAGCCAAAAAAUGUCAUUAAAAGCUUUGUAAACUAGACGUUUUAUGCCAAAAUUUAAAUCACAUUUAAGUUGAAAUUUGAAGCCUCCAAUCGUUAAGACAAUAGUGACAAGUUGUCACUAACAACCUGGUUCAAGUUUAAGUGAGCUUUAGUGUCAUGGUGCUAAGGAGACAAAGAAGGUCACGCAAUGUUUAACUUUAUAUAUAUGUUAUAUAUUCAACAUGUAUGAACUUGCACAAAUCCAAUCAGAUGUAUAGCUAAAAUAAAAUACAUUUUUGACUCAAUCUAUGUAUAUUAACUGGGUUUUCUGAAUAUGUGACUUCAAAGCUGAACAUGCAUAGAGUACCGUUAACUUUAUGUGCAAGUUUGCAUUAAUCAAAUCUUUUUUUUCGUUUUGUUUUCUUGAAAUUCAUUGUGAAUGAACUUAUUUGUAAGUCUGUUGAUUAAAAGGACUAAAAACAUACUGGUUUUACUUUAUUAUGCUUGGAUUAUCAAAAUAAAUAUAGGUGAUAGUU